GUUGUGUGGUGCUGUUACUGAAGACUUCAGUAGAAGCUCAGAUACCGGAAGGAAAUUCUACUGCCAAUGAGACGUCCUCGUCCUAUGGUACUACCCCAGCAGAGGCAACAAUAUACUUCCCAAAUAGCACAUCACUGACAAAUAAUGAUGGAUUUGAGGACACAACCAUCACUGUAGCAGACUUACGGAUAAGGACUACUGCACACAUCUCUCCUGAGACACGGGAGAACACACAAAUAUUUGCAGUUACUACUGAGAGUGAAGAUAGGCACCCAGCUAGCACUGCCACUACACUCACUGUCCCACCAGUGAAUCCAGAAGAAGAUGAGGAAAAUAAUGCACAUUCAUUUGUGGAAAAUUCUUCGAGUACUAAUUCACCUGCUAUUGAAUAUACUGAGCACCUCUCUCCUACCACCCCAGAGAAUACUGUAAGAAAUACUCCUACUACACUUCCUUAUUCCUCAAGUACCAUGUUUGUAGAAGAUGCCACAGUAGCUGAAACAGUAACUGAGGCCUCUUCACCAGUUUCUUCCUCUGAAAACCUUUCAGUUAAAGAAUUAACUUUUAUAAACACCAAUGAUGAGUUAAUAACUUCUACAGAGCCUCCACGCAUCACUGCCAGCUUUUCAGAAACAUCUUCAGGAGAUAGUGAUCAUUCAGAAUCUGGCACACUUACCACUUUAACUGCACUACCUGUGAACUCUACACUUGCACCAAGUGGUUCUCCACUCAUUCCGGAGGCACUGCCUACCACAGUGCCACCUUCCACAGUGCCACCUUCCACAGUGCCACCUACAACAGUGUCACCUAUAACAGUGUCACCUACAACAGUGUCACCUACAACAGUAUCACACACAAAUGAUUCCAGUCCCACUUCAUCUGGCCCUGUCAUCACUCCUGUCACUGAUGGUAGCACAGGUAGCAGCUGUGGGGAUGCUGAUGUGAAUAAGUUGUUGUUGGUGCUGGCAGUGGCAGUGACGGCAAAUGUGUUGGCAGUGAUACUGACAGCUGUGUGUGUCUACCGCAUAGUGUCUCGCAAAGUCUCCUGGGAUCCUCCACCCAUACACUACAAUCGAUCAAAGCGGGGAGAGCAUGUCAGGCGGCAGUGUUGUCCUCACUCAGGACUGCAUCUGGCUUCUGACAGAGAGUGUAAGGCUGGCGAGGGUGGAGGAGCACCUGCUACCCACAUCCCUAUCCUCAUCACCAAUGAGGAUGGCUGGUGUGUUCCCUACAGUGAGCAGGAUAACAAGAAGAAAGGAAAUGUCACAGAGGAUACUGGAGUAUGAGUCAAGGAAGCACCCUUGCAUAAAGUUAUCAGCAUGGGAUGAAGGUAAUAAAAAGGGAUUUUGUAAAUGUAUUUACAGCAGGAGUAAGUUAUAGAAACUAAUGAUUCAGGUGCAGAAAUAAGUUAUGUACUUAUGCAGUAUAUGGGAAUCUUGCAAAAUGCCAUGUACGUAUAUAAUGUACAACACAAAUGUAUUGUAGUUAUUAUAGUAAAUUACUCGUGUAUAGGUUGACUCCUGACUUUUUCUUUCAAAAAAAUCUUUCUUUUUUUGUGUGUAUAAAUAACCACUAGUUGAAAAGCAUAACAUUAUUUAAAAAUUAAGUACUCUACUGUGAUUUAUCCUGGAAUACUGGUUACUACAAUGGUCAAGGUUUGUUACAUUGUUCAGCGAGCUAUUGGCCUUUGUGCAUGCACUGUUGCAUUCACAUAGUAUGUACUAAAUAAAAUAUGGGGCAGAGUAUGUCACAUGUUCCUUUAGAGAUUAAGGCUGUUGUAAAAUAUAUAGGAACCCCUUGUUUGACUAUAAUGUUACAUUCUGCAAAAUGUGUUUAAUCAAAUUUAUGCUGUAUUAAAACAAAAUCAGGACUGUAGUCAGGCUUAUGUCUUUAGGGAGGCAUCCAAAAAAUUGUUGGAGAGGAAAAUUAUUAUUUUAUGUGGUGAAAACUCUUCCCAGUAUUCUAUCUUGCUGUAGUAAUGUAGUGAUGAUAAAACUUAAGACACAUUUGGGUACUAAUUUGAGACUUUAAUUAUGUACAGUAGUACUUGAUUUUAAGAAAUUAAAGGAAAUAAAUAGUAAUUUUUUCUUAUGCAUAUCAGAAAAUACCAGUGUGUGUAUUAAAAAUACCUCUUAAAAAGCACAAAAUGAAAAUGCUGUAUGGAACGGAACAAGAAGGAUAGAAAAGAAUGGAAAUGGGUGAAUAAGGUGGGGAUGAUAGGGAAAAGGUAAGUGGCCCAACCACUUUUGAUUUUUACCUAACUUGUGAAUGUGAAAUUCAUUUUAUGUGAUAGUGAAAUUUGGAGAGGAUGCAUCUCUUGCUGCCCUGCACAGACACAUGUACACAGGAGGUGUCUAUAUGGAUGGAUAUUACCUCCCCCCCCCCCAACCCCUUCCAUGAAGUAGAAGUUGCUGGUGGUGCAGGGGCGUAGGUCAGGAGGCUUGAGGGUGCUAGGUGGUUGUGCUAGAGGCUGGCUGCCUGGUACUUGCCGGGCAUAAUUUUCUGCCUUCAGCAGACACUUUGGAACAGUAUCCUACCCAUUGUGGACUAUGGAUGUUGGCGAGUUCAGAUGUUCAUUGGUGUCACAGUGGUUGUGGUGUUUUAGCUAUUUUGUACAUAGACUAGUGCAAGUGUAAUAAUUCAGUCUAAUAUCUCCUGGAAGAUCAGUCAGUGUCUGUGGCACUCUUUGCUGUAAUGUCAUCCUGUGUAUUCUGUGAGGGGGAGAGGGUUAACAGAUCCCAUAAUCUGUAGUGUUGAUCAUCUGGGGAGGAUUUGCCAUACCAUGAAGAUGGUGCUUCUCGAGUGUGUAUAACCUGACAUUCAUUUCAUCGACCCCAUGCUGAACUUGGAUGUCCUCUAUUCUGACUUGGCUGAGUGCAAUAAAUGAAUUGGAGGGUGCUGCUAGACUUGGGUAUGAGUGAUAGUGGUGUGUAUGGGUAUUAGAGUAUUGAUCACAUCAUCAUCUUGUAGAGGUGUUUCUUAAUAUGUGUUAGGAGCUGGCAAUAUCUAAACAACUGGAAGAGAUGGGCUUUUGCUACAUUUACCCUUUUGAUGAUGUGGAGUGCAAUAGCCAGUCUGUUUUGUAGCCCAGGAUCUUGUUUGAGUUUUUGAUAGCAAUGGGAGUUUCCCUGAUGAUUCCUUCAUUGUUUUCUAUCGAUGUGGGGUAACACCUGAGGCUGCUGAUUUGUACCUUGUCUGGGUUGGUGGCAAUUCAUUUCUUCUACCAGUUGGCCAUUCUUCUCAGCUCUUCAUUCAUCUUCUCACAUCACUUUCGUGUGUGUAUUGGCUCUGGAUGCCAGGUGGAGGUCAUGACAUGUAUUACAUCUUUAGCAUAUUGGGUGAUGGGGUGUCUGUGCUCUGGUUGUGGGAGGUUGCUGACAUAAAUGUUGAUAGUUUGGUUGGUAAACCCCAGCUGUGGGUGAGAAUGCCACCUCUGUUUUUUGGUUAAAGGUGGGGAUGAUUCUUCUCUUAGGAAGUUGUAGACCAGAUGUGAGAAAGUCCAGCUGUGGUGAGGGAAGUCAGGCAGUUUAAAUACAAGCCCAUCAGUAAUGCAGAGGUGAGGAACAACGUAAUACAUACUCUGAUGAAACCAUUAGUUUCCAGGUUUGCAUUUUAACCCCUUAAUGUAAGAUAUGCUUUUGUUAUACAAUACAUGCUAAUUUUCCACCAGCCCCAGGUAUUUGCUACAGACAUAGCAUUGUUACCCAGCCCCAAAGUACUGGUAUGUAUCAAGGCUUUUGUAGGCUUUCACAUCCUGUCCAGUGUAGGGAGAGAUCAUUCACACCCACUUCCCUUAGUGAUGUAAAUCACAAGUUUUUCUCAUAAUUUAUUCAAUGACACCCAACAUGGCCGACCAGUGUAAAUCAGCCAACUUUAGUUAUGUGACUGAAAAACCUCAGUAUUAAGUAUAUACAGCCUCUCGUCACUUAAUGACGGAGUUCUGUUUUUAAGACCUCGUCGGUAAAUGAAUUCGUCGGUAAGUGAGGAGCAUACUAUAAUGGUAGUGGGUUUGUGUUCACCAUCUUUGAUAUUGUUUUAAUGUCACCUUUGCCUGAUUUAUAGCAUUUCUGGUAUAUUUUUAAAUGUUUAUACAAAAGUGUACUGUAUAUUGUAAUAAACAGAAUAGAGGAAAUCAGCUCUAACAUAUAUUAAUUAGGUAUGAAUAGUGGUCAAAGAGCCCGUCGUAAGUGUAAGUCGUCGGUAAACGAGUAUGUCACUGAGGAGAGGCUGUACACUUCUUAGGGAACUUGAAAAAUUUUAGGUGUCUGUUGAUUAAAGUAUGUAAUUAUUUUUAAACUAGUGUGUUCUUUAACUGUGCUUUUGUGUGCUUGUUAGUGUGAUUGAUUGCUUGAUUGACUUUUGAGGGUCUGUUUUUGCUUGAGUAUUAAAACAUAUACAUGUGUAUAUCCCUUUUUUAACAGGGGUUGAAUGACCUCAUAAGUCCAAAUGUUCUGUAUGUAUUAAAAUUUUCUUGGACCUGUUCACUAUUAAAUAAUCAUAGGUGUAAGCAAACUUGCCCACAAGUUUACUAGCCUUGGGAUUAAUCCCAGGUUCUUUUGGUUGUGAGCAAAAUUAGCUAUCACUGAGAAAAGUUGCAUGUUCUUUUUAAAAUGAAACACGGAAGGUAAUGCAUAUAAGUAAUUAAGAAACGUUUAGGGGGAAGGAGUAUUUUUGUUACUUAUCACAAAGAUUACUUGCCAAGCCAUUGCAAGUGAACUGAAUGCAUUCACUCUGCCUCUGCAUAAAAACAUGUAAUAAUCACUGAAAAUAAAUGAACCAUUAGCUGUGUUGCUCCUUUUGCAAGGACCAAUAUCUCAUUCAAUAAAUAAAAAUAGAUGGUUCAGACCCCACAACAAAGGGCCUGAACCAUCUGCCACCACUCUGGCAAGAAAACAAUACAUCAUGGGUGAAUGAUAGUGCAAAUCUGAAUUGAUAGUCAACACUGCCUCAAAACAGUAUUGUUUAUAAAGUGUAGGCAUAUGUAAAUCAUAUCAAAAUCUUAUGAUGCAAGUGAUACAAAUGGAGUGAGAACAAGCCUGUUUCCUCCGCACUACUGCUAGAAGCCACACUACCUUACUGAAAAGCGAAAUCAAAGAUUUUAAUAGUUUUCCAGAUUGCACUGCAAGUGAAUAAGUAAAGUAGAUAGAGGAAUUCUAGAUAAGAUUUAUGUUAGUUUGAUGAGGACAGUGAUGAAAAUUCUGUAGAAAUCAAUGAAGCUUGAUGCAGUUGUCUUUGCUGUGACAUUCUAUCAGUGAUUUUCCUCCUAGUCUCUUAUUACAUUAUCUUGAACCAUUAAUUUGUUAGAUUUUCAUGAAUUUUCUACACAGUACCAGGGCCAUAGUUUAAAAAAUGUAUUGCAUGACUGUCUUGGUCAUUCAUUGCUGCUAAGGAAGUAAAAACCACAUGAACCCCCUAGUUUGCUAACCUGGCAGACAUGUGCUUUUUUUUUUAUGUAUACGUAUAGUGGUACCUUGACUUAUGAGUUUAAUUUGUUCCUUGACCUAGCUCAUAGCUCAGUUUGCUCAUAUAUCAAAUAAAUUUUCCUCAUUGAAAUUAAUUGAAAUGCCAUUAAUCCAUUCCAGCAAAAUUCUUGCUCUUGGGAGGCAGGAGAAAAUACUUCAAUGUAAUGCUAAUAUCAUCUCUACGACUUGUUUAUAUAUCACAAUUGAUCUAAUAUGACAUAAUAAACAAUAUACACAACAUGGAAACAUGACAUAUACUCUAAAAUGAAUAAAAUUUGUCAUGUGAUGAGUGGUGGUGGCCACUCCCACUCCCGCUCUGACCAUAUCUUCCCAUUCUUCCCCUUCUGAAAAUGGAGUGUUUGUGAGGCUGACUGCACUAGAUCACUAGUUUCAUAAGGAAAACACUGACACAGUGUAUUUAUAAAUAAGAAAUUCAUUCAUUUAUGCAGGUUUGCCGGUACUACAGGCCCAGGUCUCCUCCAGAUGGCGUCCCGGCGACAAAUAGGAAAUUUUUUUUUUCCCCAACAAGUCGGCCGUCUCCCACCGAGGCAGGGUGACCCAAAAAGAAAAUACUUUCAUCAUCAUUCAACACUUUCACCUCACUCACACAUAAUCACUGUUUUUGCAGAGGUGCUCAGAACACAACAGUUUAGAAGCAUAUACGUAUAAAGAUACACAACAUAUCCCUCCAAACUGCUAAUUUCCCAAAACCCCUCCUUUAGAGUGCAGGCAUUGUACUUCCCAUUUCCAGGACUCAAGUCCGGCUACAUAAAAAUAAAAAUAACCGUUUUCCCUGAAUCCCUUCACUAAAUAUUACCCUGCUCACACUCCAACAGAUCGUCAGGUCCCAAAUACCAUUCGUCUCCAUUCACUCCUAUCGAGCAUGCUCAUGCACACCUGCUGGAAGUCCAAGCCCCUCGCCCACAAAACCUCCCUUACCCCUUCCUUCCAACCUUUUCGAAGACGACCCCUACCCCGCCUUCCUUCUCCUACAGAUUUAAAUGCUCUCCAUGUCAUUCUCCUUUGAUCCAUUCUCUCUAAAUGACCAAACCACCUCAACAACCCCUCUUCAGCCCUCUGACUAAUACUUUUAUUAACUCCACACCUUCUCCUAAUUUCCACACUUCGAAUUUUCUGCAUAAUAUUUACACCACAUGUCAGCAUAGAACUAUGCUGACACACCCAUUGCCCUUAGACAGGACAUCUCCACUGCCUCCAACUGCCUCCUCGCUGCUGCAUUCACAACCCAAGCUUCACACCCAUAUAAGAGUGUUGGUACUACUAUACUUUCAUACAUUCCCUUCUUUGCCUCCAUAGAUAACAUUUUUUGACUCCACACAUACCUCAACGCACCACUCGCCUUUUUUCCUUCAUCAAUUCUAUUUACCUUGGAGAAUAGAUGCUGGUGGAGGUGUAGGUGGAGGGUGGAAAAGAUAGACUACUUGCUACACUCUUAAUGCUACACUUUAUUGCUUGGCUGGCGCCAUACCCUUUAUUGACUCCUCCUGCUUUAGUAUCGUACAUAUCGUAGAAGCACUACGCUGGUACUGCCUGGCCAAGUCCACAACCCGCACACGUCACUCAUGUUUAUCUAUGAUUUCAUUCUUUAAUUCAAUGGACAGCAUCCUCUUUUUCUUAUCACUGUCCUUUGCACUUACUUUCUUAGGAUCCAUGUUUAGAAAAAAGAAAUAUGGCAAAAUAACUGCACAAAAUGCAAGCACAACACAAGAGAAAUGCUUCCAUAGAGAGGUAAACACAUGCACUGCUGAGCGGAUGUUGUGGCGUUCGCUGCGCCAACUGGUGGCGGUGUUCUGAUGCUCGCUCGCAACUCAGAUUUUGGCUCAUAACUCAGAGCAAAAAUCGACCAAGCAAUGGCUCAUAACUCGAAAAACUCGUAUGUUGGGACACUCAUAAGUCGAGGUUCCACUAUACAGUGGACCCCCGCAUACCGUUGGCAUCACAUAACGUUAAAUCCGCAUACCGAUACAUUUUAUCGCUAAGAUUUUGCCUCGCAUACCGCUAAAAACCCGCUCAACACUAUUCGUCCGAGACGCGUCUAAUGUGCGGCCUGAGCCAGCCUUAUAUGUUCCGCCGGUGGCAUUGUUUACAAGCCAGCCUCCGCGGUAACAUCCAAGCAUGCAAUCGUAACAUUUUGUAUUAUUACAGUGUUUUUGGUGAUUUUAUCUGCAAAAUAAGUGACCAUGGGCCCCAAGAAAGCUUCUAGUGCCAACCCUGUGGUAAAAAGGGUGAGAAAUAUUAUCGAAAUACUGUGGUACCAUGGUGAACUGCUGAUGCUGCUGCUGCUGUAGCACUGUCAGCUGCUGCUGUAGCACCAUCAGCUGCUGCUGCUGUACCACCAUCAGCUGCUGCUGUAGCACUGUCUGCUGCUGUAGUACCAUCUGCUGCUGUAGCAUCGUCUGCUGCUGCUGUAGCAUUGUCUGCUGCUGCUGUAGCACUGUCAGCUGCUGCUGCUGCUGUAGCACUGUCAGCUGCUGCUGCUGCUGUAACAUUGUCAGCUGCUGCUGCUGCUGCACUGUUAGCUGCUGCUGCUGCUGCACUGUUAGCUGCUGCUGCUGCUGUAGCACCGUCAGCUGCUGUUGCUGCUGUAGCACUGUCAGCUGCUGCUGUUGCUGCUGUAGCACCGUCAGCUGCUGCUGCUGCUGCUGUACCACCGUCAUCUGCUGCUGCUGCUGUAGUACUGUCUGCUGCUGCUAUAGUACCGUCUGCUGCUGCUGUAGCAUCGUCUGCUGCCGCUGUAGCAUCGUCUGCUGCUGCUGUAGCACUGUCAGCUGCUGCUGUAGCACCGUUGUUGGUGUGGCUUAUUGAGAAUACCAAGAAACAAUUAACCCCAGAGGGUUAGCCACCCAGGAUAACCCAAAAAAGUCAGUGUCAUCGAAGACUGUCUAGCUUAUUUCCAUUGGGGUCCUUAAUCUUGUCUCCCAGGAUGCAACCCACACCAGUCGACUAACACCCAGGUGAACAGGGAAAAACGCCUGGAACUAGUGCUCAUAUUGGUGAAUUUAAAGCCAGCAAAGGUUGGUUUGAGAGAUUUAAGAAUCGAAAUGGCAUACACAGUGUGAUAAGGCCUGUUCUGGAAGAAAAUGCCAAACAGGACCUACAGUACUCAGGAGGAAAAGGCACUCCCAGGACACAGUGUCUCAUCAGUCAUUGCUGCAUCUUCAAUAAAGGUAAGUGUCAUUUAUUCUUCAUUUAGUAGAGUAGUACAUGCACAAUAUAUAUUGUGCAUGUACUACUCUACUAUUGUGCAUGUAUCCUUCUCUUUGUGUGUAGGAAAAUGUAUAUUUCAUGUGGUAAAUUUUUUUUCUUCAUACUUUUGGGUGUCUUGCACGGAUUAAUUUGAUUUCCAUUAUUUCUGAAGGAGGGGUGUUAAUGUUGCAGUUUAAAAACUGUAGUGUAAAGCACCCUUCUGGCAAGACAGUGAUGGAGUGAAUGAUGGUGAAAGUUUUUCUUUUUCGGGCCACCCUGCCUUGGUGGGAAUCGGCCAGUGUGAUAAUAAUAAAAUAAUAAUAAAUAUUUCUUAUGGGGAAAAUUCAUUCGCAUAACGAUAAUUUCGCAUAACAAUGAGCUCUCAGGAACGGAUUAAUAUCGUUAUGCGGGGGUCCACUGUAUAUUUUGGGUGUGCUUUCCAUGGGAAAGUGGAACAGAAUUCUUCCUCCGUAAGCCAUGCAUGUUGUAAGUGGUGACUGGAAUCCUGGGAGCAGGAGGCUAGUAACCCCUUCUCCUGUAUACAUUACUAAAGUUAAAAAGAGAAACUUUCGCUUUUCUUUUUGGACCACCCUGCCUUGGUGGAAUACGGCUGGUUUGUUGAAAGAUGAUGAUCAUCAUUUUGGGUGUGUACAAACUUUCCUGAUGUUUGAGUGGGGAGCAGGUUCAUGUUAGUUUGUUCCAGACCAUAUCCUUUAUUAACCCUUAAACUUUCCAAACAUAGAUCUUCGUUGACGUACGUAGCACUCCGAACGUAGAUCUGUUUUUUUUUUUUACAUGCUUUCAAAUGGAGAAAGUAAAGGUCGGAACGCCAUGGACGUGAACGUAGAUCUAUGUUUGGACAGGUUCCGGGUUAAACAAACCUGUCAAACUGAAAUGUCUUUGCAUACACUAUAGACAUGUUUACAGCAUAAUGCCAUUCAUACUUUGAUCCCACCCUUUCCAUAGCACAACACAUUCUUGUUGCAAUGUAUGUGAGCCAAGGUGAAAAUAAAAUUUUUAGUAUAGAUUUACAGUUACAUUUAUACUGUAUCAGGUUAUCAAGCAAACCCACACACAAUGUACUUUAUUUUCAACUAUUUUGUGAUCUGGCAUGAUGAUGAAACUCAUACUGGUUUUGCGGUGUAACUUGUUUGAUCUUGGGGGCAUACAUAAUCACUGCAGCUCAACACGUGGGGCCCACUGAGUACGUAUUUGACCCUGUAUGCAUCACACACAGUUGAUAUCUGCAGCAGAGGUCAGCAGUUCAUGGAACAGGAAGGAUUUAAACUUAAGGGAAGCCUGUCCUAAAACUAGCAGGCCAGUGCUCUAACCAUUGUGUUGUCAGUGAUGUGAAUGGAGGGAGAAAAAACUUGAAGUAAAUACUCACAAAAGCAAAUACAGUAGUUAGAGCACUGGCCUGCUAUUCUAAGGUCUUGCUUCCCAGAGGUUUGAAUCCUGCCUGUUCCACAAGUUGUUUAAAAUUUGUAUUAAAGGUAUUGCAGUUUUAGGAGUCAAAGAUAGCAGUUUUUGCAAAAACAUGUCUUUCUCUCUGCUGUAAAUUUACAUCUUCAAAUUCAUCAUCCUUCAGACAUGUAGCCAGACCUAUUACAGAUGUUUAGAAGAAGCAUAGGAGACUGUCUGGAAGUAAAAUUGGCAUUUGGACUUCAGUGAUUGUGAACUUGGCAUUUGCAAAGCUCUUGAUUUGAGAAUUGCCUGAGAAAUACCUUAGAGUAAUUAAAGGCUAUCGAAGGUUGGUUUGAUAGGUUCGUGCAUCAUUUUGUCAGUGGUAAAUACAAACACCAUAAGAGCAACAUUCAGUGCUAUGCUGGUUGAAGAGUAAAAGUACAUAUCAAAUGCAUUAAAGACUUUUAUGUUUAGACUUCUGUUUCAAAGAUGAAUGAACCCACAGGAUCUACAUACCUGACAGAUAAUGAUGCCAGGAUUCAAAACAUCUAAUAAGAGAAUGAUGUUGCUGGUGACUAAAACUGAAAAUCCUUCUUAGAAACUAUUAUGAGACCUCUAGGACUCUUGAAGGAUGUUCAUACUCAUCUUAUCUGUGAUAUCAAAUGGCAACAUACUUAUUAUAUCUCUGCAUUAUUUGGAUCAGAGAAUGAAUUACCGGAAUUUACAUUGCACCUUAUUUUUUACAGGAACAUGCACUUUGUUAGUGCUACUCUGCUUAAUGCAUUACUCUCACAAAGUCAUGUAAGAACACUUAACAAGAAACUACUGUAAAAGUCUGCUGUCAAAAUGGAACCACUCAGGAAAAUUAUUGUAGAAUAUUUAAGUUGACAGACAAUUGACAUUAGUAAUAUUUGUUGCUUUAUUUUAUGAAGACCGCAUUAACGUAGACCUGUUGGGGUCGUACAGUCUUAAAAUUUUAACAAGUAAGGAAAUAAAAGAUAAAUCUGUUCGUCAACCACUGAUGUGCUUGGGAAAUGAGUCACUAAAGCACAGUCCUCAUAAUCUACACUUAGAGUGACAGCUUCAGGAAUAAAACUUUGACAAAAAAUUUAGUACGUAAUUUAUAGUGGGUCUGUAUGGAAGUUUGUUGCAUAUGAUAAUUGUCACCAUCAUCAAGAUUGCUGUUAUCAAUUUAAUAUUAAUAAUUUAGGCCUAUGCACAUUCACCAUUCUCUGAUUUUUCUAAAUGAUAAGUAACUGUUGUCUGAUGUGCCUGCAACUUGCAGUCAGUAAAUUUUGUACAGUAAUUUAAUUCUCUCUCAUAUGUAAGCUAUGUAAUUUUUCUCUUGGAGAAAUUAUAGGGUAAUUGAUGUUAUUUUAAAGUAAAGAAAUGUUAUCAAUGUUAGAUAUUUUAUCUGCAAACAGAAUUUUAUGCAAUUUGUAAUACAAUAGAGUAAUUGGCUUAUGUAUUACUAAAUUGUGGAUUUUAAAUCCAGUCAUGAAUUUUCCACAUAUAGUAUUGUACAAAGUGUACAGUUUUGUGUAUUAAACUGUAACUGCAGGGAAUACAAAGUAUUCUACAUAAUGUACUUGAGAAGUCUGGUUAAGUAUGAUUUUACUGUAGUGCAUAGGUCAUAAUGGUCUUUUCAUAUAUAUUUUUUUUAAUUGCCCUGUUGAUAGGCUUCUACCGAUAUAGUGUAUUCUUUAAUGCCUGGUAAUUUAGAGAUGUAGAUCAUUGGUAUCAUGUACUGACAAGUAUGGUAACAAGACAUUGUGCCACAGGACACCGUAUGACAUAACUUGCAUAUAGUCUUGUUAACAUAUUUAAGAUGUAAAGAAAAUUCUCUUGAGUAAUAAGUCUGGUUAUGCAGAACAUUUUGUGCUGAUUGAAAUGAGAACUUAAAAUUGCUGGACACUACAUAACUGAAGUAAGAUUAUUUGAAUGUUAGGCUCAGUAUAAUGUUGCCAGAGGAUAGGAUUAUUAAAUAUAAUUCACUUUAUUUUUAUGACUCAAGUUUAGACUGUAUUUAUGUAAUAUAAUAAAGAAUAUCCUCA